CCGAUGUCUUUACGAACGAGAUGUCAAAUCUUCUCCUUUUCAGAGAAGAUGAUAUCUUCUAGCGAUAAUCACGAAUCCAAAUUCGCAGAUGCAUCCGCAAUUCUGCUUUUUUACCCCAGACCUCGUUGCCCUGAUCUGCCCACCACCUAUGCACCUAGGCACAUAGCUUACUCCGGGAAUCCUGGUUUUGGUCUUGACCGAAAGGACUACCUUGGUUAUCUAAUAUUACUUGGCGGUGCAUUGAUCUGGUGGGUCUCGGCCCUGACAAUGUGCCAAAAACAGCAACUUACCAAACACGGUUCGUAAUCCUACUAUGGUACAGCUUGUGGCGACCAAGAAGUAGAGCCUCAGUCGAGAUGUCAAGUAGAAUGAGAACAGGUCUUUGCAGAGUCUGGCAGACGUGUGCCGCGACUUAGCAUGAGAUUUUCCGAACCAACGAGGGUAGAACAGUCCCAACUCUAUCUUAGGUUAAUGGUAUAUCGAAUACACCUUCAAGGCCUUCAACAUUGACAGCCUCAGCUGAUAGACCAGACGGAUAUUUUCCAGCUGCCA